UUUAUGAAGUGGUAUAAAAUUAAUUACACCACCGGAAGUUAAAACUCGAACCAAAAUCGAAAACCUAGCCCUUAAAAUUGUCAUUAAAAAUGGGCGAAGACGGUAAGAACAGCAGCCGGGGCUUCGUGGAUCCACCGGCGGCGCCGCCGCCAACUCCGUAUUACUACAGCACGUUCCAAGGUGUUUUGAAUGCUCAGCCUCAGCCUCCGCCUCAAUCUCUGCCACCUUCUCAGCCGGUGGUCGGUUACCCUCAACCAGUACCUCCUGUUGGCUACUAUUCUCAUGGCUACCAAAAUGUCCCAGGUUAUGUAUAUCCUGAUGAGAGACCAUAUUUAGAGCAUCGACUCCCUUGCUGUGGCAUGGGUGUCGGCUGGUUUUUGUUCAUUUGUGGCUUCCUUUUUGGCACCGUUCCAUGGUAUGUUGGGGCUAUUCUUCUACUAUUUGUGCGGAUGGACUACAGAGAAAAACCAGGACUUAUAGUGUGCACAUUAGCUUCCGUACUUGCUACAAUUGCCAUCAUGCUUGGUGUGACAAAGGCAACCAAUGCCUGGUGAAGCUCAAACAGUAUACUGUGUAUAUAUUUAUAUCCUGAAGAAUAAAAUAUUUCAGUGACAUUUCGUGUUGUGGUCGGCUCUAUAGAGAUGGUUCCAUAAUUGUGAAUGGUGUUGUGUUGAUAUAUUUACAUAUCCUAUUUAGCGAAUAAUGAAUUCCAAAUUUUGUUUGAUAA